AUGACGAUGAUGAAUCAGCGCGUGAACGCCAACUCGCCGGCACAGGCCGUGAAGAGCCGCGCACGCGGGCCGACGAUUACGCAGCUGCGUGCCAAGCAGGCCGCUCUUGUGGCCGCAUCCGAGCUCGCGGCUUCGAGUAAUGCCGAGGCGAGUGUGGUAAGGCACUCGCCCGUUGACGAAGCCAAGCGGUGGGCAAGCGGCAAAGGCCGCAAAGUGGGCUUCGCAAAAGCACGUGCCACCUUCCGUGGCGGCGGCACGGGAAUCGCGGCGACGGCGGCGAAGCACGACUCGCUCAUCAAGAAGGCUCGCUGGCGCGGUACCGAGCAAAUUGCCCGGGAGACUCCGGCGGGCUCUGUGUCCGUAGUGACGAUGCCGCACCGCAAGGACUUCGCCUCCGACAAGGAGCACCAAGUGAAGUUUAACCUGUGGCAAUAA